GUUGGUUGAGUUUGGGGUUCUUGUUAGAGGUUGUUUAUCUUUCUUGGAUGUAUUGGUGAUUGACUAUAUAAAAAAUGGCUUUGAAUUGGGAUGGUUUUUCGAAUUCUUUGAGCUUUUGGAGCUGCAAUUGGGAUGUGGAAAAUGAUCAUUUCAGUGGAAGUGGCAAAAGUGAACCAAUAGGCAUUUCUGAGGCUGUUAAUGAUGAUAUUGUUGACAGAUUGCCUGCUGAUCCAUUUGGGAUGGAACUUAGGUCUACUUUUGCUGCGGCAAUCACAGGUUGGAUUCAUGAUGUUGAGAAUGAUUUGGGUUCAGAUUUCUGUGUGUUUGGCAUGCAAGAUGGUGAGGAAAACAAGAUUGCUGAUCAACAGCAUUUGUUCAAGGGUCUGAAUUGGGUUUGGAAUGGGGCCAUGAGUUUCCAACAGGAAGAAGGCAAUUCUAGUUUCCAUGGAUUUGGUUCAGAAGAUGAUGGUAAAAGGAUUGAUGAUCAAUCAUCUUUCUUUAAAGGUAUGAAUUGGGUAUGGAAUGGAACCAUGAGUUUUCAACAGGAGGAAGAUAGCUUUGAAAUCGACGAGAUAUCGGUCCCAAACGAACAUUAUAAUGGAAUUGGGAUCGGUAAUGGACUUUCCAAUGAAGAUUUUGCAUUCGAUGAGGAUGGCAAUGGAGUUUCCGACGAUGAUAGCGAAGGAGAUGCUCCAAAUACUGCUUUGUUUUAUACUCUCGGUUAUCUCGGUGUUAAGGAUCUCCUUGGUGUCGAAAGGGUCUGUAAAUCGUUGCGCGAUGUGGUUAGAAGUGAUCCUCUUCUUUGGAGGAACAUCCAUAUUAAACAUUCAUUGAGUAAGAGAAUUACUGAUGAUGCUCUCUUGAAAUUAACUAGCAGGGCUCAAGGCACUAUUGAAUGCUUGAGUCUGGUGGGAUGCAAAAUGAUCACUGAUGAUGGUCUGAGGCGUGUGCUUGAAAGCAAUCCCAAGCUCAAUAAGUUAAGUGUUCCAGAAUGUACGAGACUUAGCAUUGAGGGCAUUUUGUUCAAUUUAAAAGCUCUCAAAUCUGCAGGGUUCUCAGGAAUAAAACAUUUGAGAAUAGGCGGAAGUUUUAGCGUAACUGAAGAACAAUUUGGAGAGUUGAAGUUAUUGCUCGGGAAACAUAAUUCAAUGCAAUCGGGAGAGCCAAAACCACAAUUUUUUUGUCAGGGUCAAUCCUACCUCAUGUCUGAUGAUGAUAGGGCAAUUGAUAUUGAAGUUUGUCCCAGAUGUCAGAAAUUGAAACUCGUCUAUGAUUGUGCAUCGCAAAGAUGCAGAAGAACCAAUCAUGCAGCUCAGUUGUGUAGGGCUUGCAUUCUCUGCAUUGCGCGUUGUAUCCGUUGCGGUUGCUGUUUUAAGGACUGCGAUUAUGAGGAAACAUUCACCCUUGAUUUGCUUUGUUUUAAUUGUCGGAAGCAGAUGGGCGGCUCCUCUUCUAAGCACGUCUUUCACGAGACAAGGUAUCAGUUAUGUUUUCACGGCUAGCUUGGAAGAUGUUGUUAUUCCCUUCGGAUACGACAGCGGACAAGACACUUUUUCGCAUGAUGUAAACCUAGAAAGUGGUUGUUCAAUAAGGGCAUAGAUGCCUAGCAAGGAAGUUCAAUAUACUCAAUGCAUCUUAAGCAACUUCUCAUCGCAACCUUGAUGAGAGUAUUUCCUGCUUUGUUGGAUUGGAAUAUUGAGGUUUGCUGGCA